AUUACCAUUAUAGUAUUAUCACCAUCAUCACCGACAUCAUCACCGUCGUCGUCGUCGUCGUCGUCGUCGUUGUCGUUGUCGCAGCAGUCGCCGUUAUUAUCUGCACCCGUCGUCGUGUGCGUGACUCGACGGCGGUCGGCGACAAUAUUAAAAUAUAUAAAAUUUAAUAAUAUUAUUAAAAAAAAAUUCAUAUCGUAUAGCCGUUACACGAUGUGAGCAGUGGCAACAAAAAGCGGUUCACACACUUCGACGUCUGAACAAUUAAAAAAAAUAUAUAUAUAUUAAAUUGCGUUACGAUAAAACGAUAAUAUCCGCGCGUAAAGUGUCGCCGUCGCGGCCCCGCCGCGUACACACACGCCACAAAUUUUAUGCGCGUACGCGUCGCGUCGUCGCGUGAACGCCGACCGACGUUUGAAGAUUUUCGGUACGUUUGUCGGAAAACGGUACAGUAGCCGCGGACCGCCGCCGCCGACCGUCACCGCAGACGCGCGCGCGUUCGUCGCUGUUCGUGACGACCACUUUGAUAUUACAUACACAGAAUAUUAUCGAAACAUUAUUUUGCGGUAAUACCAUACCGCCGACGCGUACUACGCCCGACUUAUAUGGAUAUCUCCGUCAUCGUUGUACACGCUUUUCGCAGACGACGACGACGACGACGACAGGUAUCGACUACGCGCGAUCUCUGAGAACGUAAUACUAUAUUAAUUUACAAUCAAUACGCGUGAUUUUAUUCGCGGGUCCGAACUUCGGUGGAAAAACUUCGUCCCCGCAACCUUUGCGAUGUACUCGACGCACUACAACGGAUUCACGUUUCAAGGCCAAGGGCGUGUGAAUCAACUCGGUGGUACGUUCAUCAACGGCCGACCGCUACCUAAUGUGGUCCGGUUAAAAAUCGUUGAAAUGGCCGCGGCCGGCGUGCGGCCAAGCAACAUAUCUAGACAACUCAAAGUAUCACAUGGAUGCGUGUCCAAGAUACUCAAUAGAUACCAAGAAACGGGCAGCAUCCGACCGGGUAUAGUCAACAGCGAUCAUGUCCAAAAAAACUGUCCGAAACGAAUUUCAUAUUGUCCGGAGGAAGUAUGCAGAGAUACGACAAUUAGAUCAGAUCGUCACAGUAAUUACUCAAUUGACGGAAUACUGUCAGGAAGAACCGGUGACGUGGACGUGCCGUCGGAACCGGGCAUCGUCAUAUCUAGAAAGCAGAGAAGAGGAAGGACAGCGUUCACGGCCCAACAACUGGAAGGUUUGGAAAGGUCGUUUUUGGCUUGCCAGUAUCCGGACAUAGCGGCCCGUGAGACUCUCGCCGUGAAAUUUGGACUUCCGGAACCUCGAGUUCAAGUGUGGUUCAGCAAUCGGAGAGCGAGAUGGAGAAAACAGAAUAGUUCCAACGUGCAGCACAACAUAAUCAGCAGCAAUUUUUCUGAGAACCUUAACACACCUUCCUACACUGGUACAGCCGAUUGGAGGCUUCAACCUGGCGCUCAGUACAAUGGUUAUUACGACGGAUCAGCGUGGGACGAAUACCAGCAAACCGCUCGGACCAACGCGGCUCACCAAUAUGGAGACAUAUUCAAUCCGUCUGCCGCCGCUGUGGCUUACGGCGCGCACAACGAAUUUGCGGCUAACCCGAGCAAACUGCGUCUGCCACCGACCCUGCCACCACAUCCACCGACGACACAGCCACCGACCGGCACCGCCGCCGCAACUUCCGCUACGUCCAUGGGAUACCAUCAGCCGCCGACCGCCGCGGUAAGUCGCUGGACGGAAUUUGGCAAACCCGCCGUGGCUUCCACGUCCACGCUCGACUUCCCGGUGGCGUCUUAUUUCAACAACAAUUUAUUAUGAUAUUGUUAUUAAUAAUAAGUCAACUGUAAUAUUGUAUACAGCGAUCGACGUUACCACUCGUCUUACACCGCACUGACCGCUUAAUAAAUACAAGUUUUAUUAGGUGCCCGAAAACACGCCCGCGACUCGCUUGUAUAACGUUAUUGUUGGUUAUGUUAUAUCAUGUGUAGGAAAGUUGAUGGAUAGGGUUUAAUUAGAUUUUCCCCUGAGAUCAUACGUUCACAUAAAUUUUUAUUUUUUAAAUGGACCCAAUAAAGACCACAUUUUAAGUUACCCAGAUUUUAGAUACUUUUUAAGAAGUGUCAUGACACAAAUUGGAAACCAUACUUUUUCGCUGUAAAUACUAUGAAUAAUAAGUAAUCUGGAGAAUAUUCGUUUGACAAUAUCGAUGAAUCUACAAAUUCAUACAAGUAGUUUUUA